GAACGGGUGUGGAGUCCCGAUGAAGAAAGUCGGUGAAGUCAACGUCCCCAAAACCAAAGAGGAGUUCACCGACAAAGACUGCAAAAAGAUGGAGCUCAACGCAAAGGCAAUAAACAUGAUUUAUUGGGGUGUUAAUGCGGAUGACUACCGCAAAAUCUCGUGGUGUGAAACCGCAAACAAAUGUGGGAGAAAUUGGAGGUCACCUACGAAGGAACCGGGCAGGUUCAGGAGGCCAAAAUCGACCAUCUCACUCAUGAGUACGAACUCUUCUCAAUGAAGGAAAACGAGAAGAUUGAGGAAAUGUUUGAGAGGUUCUCUAACAUCAUUAAUCCUCUCAAUCUUCUCGGGAAGACAUACACCGACCGAGAACUCGUGAGAAAGGUGCUACGAAGCUUAUCCCCAAAAUGGCGUUCAAAGGUGGACACAAUCGAAGAAGGUCGUGACUUCCAAACAAUGACCUAUGAUGCUCUUCGAGGUAAUCUCAUUACCCACGAAACCACCCAACUCUCAAAGGUGGUUGAAGAGAGGAGCAAGAGGUCUAUUGCUCUACCCGCAACAACAUCAACCCAUAACAACAUUGAUGAUGAAGAUGAUGAUAGCGACGACACCGACCUCGGACUCUUCGUCCGAAAAUUCAAGAAGAUGAUGCUCAAGAAGGGAGCCAAGAAGAACACUCCACCCAAGUGCUAUGGGUGUGGUGAAAUUGGACACAUCAAACCAAUGUGUCCAAAGCUCAAGAACGAGAAGGACAAGAGGGCACCGAAGAAGCAACGUUCUUAUGACGAUGAAGAAGAAAUCGUUAAGGAAAAGGAACCGGAAGAAGAGAAAACGCACGAGCAAACGGAGCUUCCUAAGGAGUGGAGAACGUUGAAGAAUCACCCGAUUGACAACGGAGACUCGCCAUCUCUCAUCUCCUAUGUUGACGGCAAAACCGUUUUUAUUGACGGUGCCGGUUGGACUUCUCUGUUUGGCCUUCGUCGAGGUGAAAUUACCGAAAACUUGGAUGAAACAUUCCAAGAUGAGGCAAUUUGGCGACAACUCAGGUUAGAUCAUCGUAACCUCAAGUUUAGAAAUUCUAGCAACCCGAGUGUCAUCAACCUCACUUUGAUUCAACGCGUUCAACAAUACAUCUUUUCCUAUGUUUUGUUGCCCCGUGAUUCGAACCAUGGCAUUGUCAACAAGGACGAUAUUCGUUUGUUUCACGUCCUGUUGAACAAUGCCAAAUUUGAUUGGGUUCACUUCUCUAUCGUUGCACUCAGUGAUGGUACUUGUUUUUCCCAUCUCCGUUUUGCCAUCCGUGUCAUGCAUAUCCUUGCUCAUUGCAAAGUGGACCUUACUCGGGACACUCAGGUGCCGGUGAAGAAGACUUGCUUCAUCACGGAAGCCAAGUUCACCCGAAUUGUCUACCGCGAGGAAAACGAGCAAAAUCUGGAACUGGUCAUUCCAGACAAACAGGAGAGAGAGAACGAAGCUGAGUCGUCUCAGGCCGGAGGAAGUCAAACCACGGAACGCGUCAGUCGUCAACGCAGAACUCCUCCGAGAGAAGAAGCACCGGAACCUUCUUGGGUGAAGAUGAUCUUUGAUACACUCACGUGCAUCUGAGAUGACGUUCGCCAGCUCAACGAGAGGAUGACUCGUAUCGAGCAAUCCUGCUCCUACCGUGGCCCGCGUCACAGCUUUAGCGGAAGAGCUCGUCCGGCGAACUCUCUUUGAUUAUGUUGACCGUUAUUAUGACUUAUUUUGGUACAUUGCUAAAUGCUAUUUGAUGGAUACCCUAGAUAGGGGGUAUCCGG